AUGGCUGCAGAGUUAGUUAAGCAGUUCUCAAACAUUACUCUGGGAGAAGAUAAUGAGACAUGCGAUGUUAAACAAGCGCUUAAGGUCUUGAGAAAGAAGAUUCUUAGUUUGGAUUUUGACAACUCCAUGCAUGUCCAUGAUCCACAGGACUCAUUUGAGUACUUGGAAGUGCUGCGCAAAAUCAAACAACUGUCUGAAAAGUUAAGGACCUUAGACCCUGGUGGAGAAGCCAAACAGCUGGAUGAACUCACUGUGUAUGCAUAUGACCUUUCUGAAAUGGCAAUGGCAAGACUCGAAGAGGAAUUUGUUUAUCUUCUUACAAAUUACAAACAGCCAUUAGAACAGGAGGUUCUCUCUUUUCGCUCUACAGAGGAUGGUAGUGUGGAAGACUUUUCAAGCAGCUCAUUUAGUGAGGAACAAUCGGAAGGGAAGGAAUCACCAAAUGAUAUCAGUGGAGGACCAGAAUAUUUUGUGCCUGAUUUAAUUCAACCUGGUGCACUCUCUGCUGUCAAGUCCAUUGCUAAAUUCAUGUUCCUGAAUGGCUAUGAUAAGGAGUGUUGCCAGGCUUAUAUAAACUCACGGCAGAGUGCGAUAGAUGAGUACUUUGGGUCUCUUCGUCUGGAAAAGCUCAGUAUAGAGGACCUUAUGAACACUAGUUGGAACAAGUUGAAUUCAUUAAUAAAGAGAUGGAACCGGGCAAUGAGGUUUUUUAUUCAAGUAUAUCUUGUUAGUGAGAAACGUCUUAGCAAACAUGUCUUUGGUGAACUUACAGAUUCAACUGCAGACUUGUGCUUCUCUGAGAUUUCAUUUAACUCAGUUAUACAACUUCUGAGCUUUUAUGUAUCUGUAGCAAUUGGUCCCCCAAAAACAGAAAAGCUUUUUCGAUUGCUUGAUAUGUAUGAUGUCCUGGAAGAUCUUCUCCCUGAAGCUGAAUCCUUGUUUGAAUCAGGAUACGAUGAUAUGAUCCUGAAUGAGUAUCAUGAAGCACUACUGCAACUGGGAGAAUCUGCAAGGAAGACAUUCGCAGAAUUCAAGUAUGCCAUCCAAUCAUACACUUCAUCUAGUGCAGUAGCUCGUGGAGAAGUGCAUCCACUUACAAAGUAUGUUAUGAACUACAUAAGAGCUCUCACAGCAUACAGCAAAACUCUUGAUUCACUUCUCAAGGACACGGAUCGAAGAUGCCUGGCUUCUGACAUUCAGUUGAUGGCAAACUCAUAUCCUAAUUUCGCGGCAACAGCUUUGCAUCUACAGUCUGUUACUGCAGUUUUGGAGGCAAAUCUUGAAGCUGGGUCUAGAUUGUACAGAGAUGAUCGAUUGCAGAACAUCUUCAUGAUGAACAACAUCCACUACAUGGUUCAGAAAGUGAAGAACUCAGAUCUCAAAAGCUUUCUUGGUGAUGACUGGAUCCGGAUUCAUAACAGGAAAUUUCAGCAGCAAGCUAUGAGAUAUGAGAGGGCAUCAUGGAAUAAUGUUCUCUCUUACCUCAGUGAUGAUGGCUUGUGUGCUGCUGGUGAUGCUGCUUCUCGCAAAACCAUAAGGGAGAAGAUAAAGAAUUUCAAUCUGUCCUUUGAAGAGGUUUACCGAGUUCAGACAGCAUGGUCUGUCCCAGAUGACCAACUCCGCGAUGAUGUCCGGAUAUCAAUAUCACUGAAAGUUAUACAGGCCUAUAGGACGUUCGUGGGAAGAUAUUCAGGCUUUCUUGAUGGCACAAGGCAUCGAGAUCGUUACAUAAAGUACAGGCCAGAGGAUUUGGAGACACUUUUGCUAGAUCUUUUUGAAGGAACUCAAAAGACACUGCAGUAUUCUUUUCGAGUGUAA